AUGCGCUUGGAGGUACAAGCUCUCCGGACAGAGCUGUUACAGACGGCGGUGCAGCUCCAGCGAAGUAAAGGAGGCGACCACCCCAACGACAUGUUGCACGACCUUCAGAUUGAGACGUUCCAGGCCGAGUCGAUGCACCGGGAGGCCCUGAGGAGGCAGACGGAUGCAAUGGCGGCCGAGACAAACACGGCCGAGGCCCUGAAGGCCAUGCACCACGAGACCUCCACGGGGCCGCCUCAGGAGCUUCGCGAACCUAGCAAGCCAAAACCGGCGAAGCACCAUCAUCAUCAUCACGGCGGAGCUCAGAACAAGCUUCUUGAGGAGGCCAUGAUCCCUGCGGGCGCCCUCGUAGCAGGCGUGCUGCUGCUGUGGUGCCAGCUGACAACUGCUGGGAUAUUGGCAAUCUACUUCGGAGCACAGGCCGGUUUCACCCUCUACAUGAAGGUCGUCCUGUCCAACUCCGUCAUCUCGAAGGAGCUAGGCAUCAAUGGCGUUCCUGCGGGCUUCCUGGUGACAGCAGUGCAGCAGGUUGUGGCAUUCUUCGUGCUGGCCAUCAUCGUUGCAGUAAUUUUCAUGGCCAAUUGCCUUGUGCUGCAUGCUCUUUGCCUAUCAGUGGCGGCUGCGCAACAAGGGCGGCCUCGAGUUCCUCCAGAAUGGAGUUGCCGAGGCCCCGCAGGGGCGGCCAUGCAAAAGCUUCGGGGGAAAGUUGGCCACAUGAUCACUUCGCCUGCCCUUCCAGUGGCAAUUGUUGAUGGCGACGAGCUGUCCUUGCUUUACCGGGCGUUUAUGGAUCAGGACUCAUGCUGGGCUGCCCGCUGGACCAUGGAACUUCUGACCGUGGAGCUAUACUUGGAAAGACUGUCAGUGGUAAAGGGAGGUGACUGGAUGGGAGUGCUUGGAGUUCAUGGAGAUGUCCACUAUCCGUUCAGCAUUUUCUUUAGAAAGGCUCCGAGCUUCUUCGAGACACUACUGUGGGGCGACGGACCAGCAUGGUCUUCCAUUGCAGCUGGGGGCUGGAGCACGUUCGCUUUGAUCGGGAGGUUUAUACGCGCGCUUCGGGCAUACAUUACUGCUCUCGGCACACUGCCGCGUGAAGCUGUGCAAGCCAUCUUGCCACUGCUGCCAGCAGAGAGACAGGCGAUUCUAUCUGAAGUUCCUGAGCUGCUUUCUACUGCUGCUGGCCCCCUUAAUGAGGCCAAUUUGUCGUCACCGUGGCCUUACCGUGCUAUGGCAGCUGCAGCAGCUGAGGAUCUGUUGCGAAACUGGACUCGCAGGGCUCUGGAUGUAGGUCUGAGCCAGUGGUCGGCAGUGGCUUGGCUUCUCAUCAACACCGACGCCUGGAAAUUCUGGCACUUGCUCGACAGAGUGCUGCUGCCAGACGGAGUUCGUCUUUGCCUCCCGAAAGUGGUGGUCCCACAUUCCCCAUCCACGUUGCAUGUUGAACCUUCUAGUCCGUGCGCGGCAGCCCACUGCACCCGCUUCUGGGGCAUGGGGGCUGCCAUGCAGGCAGCCAGCACGGGAGUUGCAAAUAAUGGUAGUGCUACAGCGGUGUUCCGCUUGGAGCUGCAGCACAACCUCCUCAACAACAAGCUGCGGAACUCUUGCAGCCUCAAAUGUCCUCCCCGCUUGGUCACGCUGUUGCAGACCGUGUCUGGAGUUCUCAAAGACUUCCGUAGGCCACUGACCUUCGUUGAUGUCGGGGCAGCGUUGGGCGACUGCAUGGUUGUAGCUGCCUUUUUGCUGCCAGCCGGCCGUCUGCGUGGUAUCGCGUUUGAGGCGCAUCCUGGACUCGCAGCUCGUGCAAGAGACACUUUUCUCAUCAACGGAAUGGCAUCUGCCUUGCCGAAUACAACGCAGGUGAUGAUCAAGAGGAUUGCCUUGGGUGCUGGAUCCUUUCAUCUGAACGGCAGCGAGACAGAUGCAGGCUUCAAUCCAAUCUAUGGCAUCACGGAGCGCCGCAUGGUAGUGAAAGGCUCCAACCUGGACGCAGAGCUUGAAAGGAUAAGGCAUGUGAAAUCGGUGGAUUUGCUGCAUGUUUUUACUAAUGUGGGCGAGGCCGCGGUCCUCAGGGGUGCACGGAAACUGUUGCAGGCACAGCGCGUGGGGUGCGUGUUGUUGGUGGCAACUCAAGACAGAAGGGAGAGGCGUCCGUUGUAUCGCAUUCUCCGCAUGAGCGGCUAUCAUGUGGCUAGCAUGGACAACCCACAGUAUCACGUGGUAGCCUGUGUGAUCCUGUUUUCCUUCGCGUUCUCAUUGAACAUCGGCCUCAACAACUUCAGUUUGUCCUUGCUCGCCGUCUCGCUGAACAUGAUUAUUCGGUCUUGCUUGCCCAUCGUCACCUUAGCUUUCCAGCAGCUCUUAGGGCCUUGUAUCCCCGAGCUAGCCUCGAAGGUGAGGAUGGUAGAAGUUCUUUUGAUGGUGGCAGGUGUGGUCUUUGCGGCCGUGGCGACUCUAGCGAAGAGCGAAGGCUCUCAUCAUGGCGGCAGCGAGUCCAAGAACCUGCUCCUCGGGGUUUUUGUUUGCACCCUGUCUGACGCAGCCUGCGCCAUCAACCUUAUCUUGGGCAACAUGUUCGGGAGCUCCCUGGACCCGCCGCUGAAUCCUGUAGACACGAUUUUCUACAUGGCGCUGCCGUGUGCUCUCUUCUUGAUGCCGGCGUCGCUCUAUCUCCUGCAUCCCGUGGAGUGGCCUAGUUUCGGCGACAUCACUGACUUGCAGGUCUUUCAGAAGGUGAUGGAGCUCAGCCCAUCCACGAUGCUCUGGGUGCUCCUCUCCGGAUGCAUCGCUGCAGGAUACAAUGUCCUGCAGUACACCGUGGUGCAAAGACUAUCCGCCAGCCACGCAGCAUUCGCUGGAAACUUCAACAAGGCAGCUACGAUCAUGCUCUCCAUUUGCAUGGGCCUAGAGACCCUGCCGGGCGGUCUGUGGAGUGCUGUCAUGAUCUCAGCCAUCAUCGGGAACAUCGGGGCCUUCACUGGCUUCAGUUUGUUGAAGUCGAACGAGAAAGCCUUGAAGAAGGCGGCUUGGGUGUUAAGAUUGCUAGGGAUCAUAGGGUUUAGGGUUUGA